AUGCCGACUGUUCUGUUGUUCUUUGCUGUUCAAUCGGCAUCCAUGACGAACAGUGCUCCUAUUUUGAAAAAUUAUGCAACCAGAGUUGUUCAUCGGAUACAUGCCAAUCACAAGUUAGAGGAAAUUGAUUUAUUAUCCUAUGACGGCCAAGACUUGUUAGUGGUAAAUCCUUUUUCAAAAGACACCAAUGAAAUUUGUGCAAAAAUUGAUCAAAUUAAUUUUCAAUUAGCAGAAAUUUCAAGCACACAAUCAUGCAAUAUUAUGAAUGGACUUGUUGCAUGCUUUAAAAACAUUGAAGAAACCCUCGGAAUUCACACUCACACUCAAAUUAUUAUAUUCACUGAAUAUACCGAACUUUCGACGGAUGAAAUGUUUAAGAUACGACCUCCUUUUCCUGUCAAGUUGCAUAUUUUCUCCACGUCAAAAUUACAUCAUACACCUUCCAUCACUCAGGUACCAAAACUUGGAAUCUUAGCAACAACUCCAAAAGUGAAAGAAGAAAAUUCAAAUAAUCCCUCCCAAAAGAACAUUCAAGAAACAUCCACCAUCAACAAUUCUCUCAAACAGCUCUCUAAAUUAUAUGAAGGUCAUUGUUACUUUGUGUCACCCACUGCAACUGUGAGCACUAGUCCACAAAAUCCCAUUACUCUUGAUGAAUCGAUCAUCAAUGAGUUCAUCAAGAAGCACUACGACAAGUACAGUGGAUAUUUAGUUUUUGGACAUCUUGUAUCUCCAAUUGAAUUGCAUCCUGAUCCAAAUCUUGUCAUGUGGCUCUUUGAUCGACAACAACAAGGUCUUCAUCCCACCCUCGUACUUAAUGACACUUCAUUUAACACUACUGCAAAUGAGAGAUCAUCAUGUCAUGUCCCUCCCAUUCUCAACAUUGUGGGGUUCAUCCCUGGCACAGAACUCUCCUCUCCCAAAUGUAUCUCCAAGCACACUAUUUUACCAUUGAACCCAGACGAGACAGAACAAGCCUACGGUGUUCGUGUUUCGAGACGCGACCGAGAAACUCUCUAUGGAAAACACAAGAAGAUUAUUAAGGCAGAUGCUUGCAAAGCAGAUGAAGCUCCAGCCUCAUUCUAUCAGCUCUUACAUCAAACACUACUGAAAGGACGUCAAUUGAAUAUACCACCUCCACCUCCGUCCACAAAUAGCGCUGCAGACGAUGAGCAGGCAACAUUGAGCAAUGAGGCAAAAAGAAUUUGUGCGAUUGUGAGUUUGGGUGGAGUUCCUGAACGAUUUGCUUAUAUUACAGCCUGCAAUGAUGGAGAUUCUUCUUCUCUCAUUCUAGGAGUUUUUAAUGAGCUCUUGGAAGUGUCUCAAAGUGACAAGUAUUCCAAAAAUAUACCAAAAACUCAACUUGCAUGCAAUAAUUUGGCCUAUCCAUGGCUAUGCAAUGGAGUGGGACAAAUGAUUGAUGAAAUGGCACAUGCCAACUCGUGGGAUAUUCCAGUUUCUGGUGAGCAAUUUGAUCUUUUCACAAAAAAUGUCAACCUUAAAUCCUACAACUAUGACCUUAAACAAAGUAAGACGUCAGUCGUUAUACCUUUCCAAAAGAAUGAAACUCUCUCAAAUGAUUUUGGUAAAAUUCAACGAAAUAUCAAAAACCUGCCUAAAAAAACUGACCUAGUUACCAAUGAGUGUGACAAGUUGAGAUAUAUUUCACAAGUUUUUCACAAUCCUUACAUUAUAGAGACACUGAAAAACUUUUUUGCAGAAUGCAUUGAGAAUAAUUACGAUUUGGCGAGAGAGGAACCCUCUACUGAGGUACAAGAACAAUUACUGAAAGCAAAUUGCGUCAUGAAGGAGCUCUAUAUACAGCUCGAAAAGGAUCCAAAGGCCAAACUCAAACCACCCAAAGAUCCACAAUAUUUCGAACCUGUUAAGCAAGAACUUGUUGAAAUGCGAAAUUAUCAACAACAACAACAUUAUCAAGCACAACAGCAACAACAACAACAUCAAAUUCUUCUUCCCACCGUGCAUCAUACACAACAUCAUGUGCAUCACCAACCUACUCUUCCUAUUCAAACACAACCUCCUCCACAACAAGCAUUCAUGGUCAUGGAGGGUGGAACCGCUCAAUAUCCCUACACUGGACCACCACAGCAUCAUAUGCCUCCUCCUGUGGGUCAACAUCAUCACCCAACCAUGCCACCCACUACUCUUCCACAGCAACCACCACCAAUGGGCUACUUGCCAACCUCUAUGCCUCCUACCACUGGUCCCAUGAGCAUUCAGCCACCAACUCAAUACUCUGUGAAUUAUCAUGCGCCACCAGGAGCCAAUGUAAGCGCCAACAUGUACGUUCAACAGCAAGCUUAUCCAUUACCGACUGCUUCGAUACAACCACCACAACAACAGCAGGCCAUGAUGGAUCCCUCUGGUUUACAUCAUGUUGGUCCUCCUCAAAAGAAACACAAGCAAUAG